AUGGACAUAUCUUUUAAAGGGAAAAGAGUACUUGUUACCGGAGCUGGUCAAGGCAUUGGAAGGGGAAUAGCGGAACAAUUAUGGCGUACAGGAGCCAAAGUUGUCGCUAUCUCGCGCACGAGAUCUUAUCUGGAAACUCUUCAGAAUGAAUAUCCAUCAAUAGACAUAGUGGAGUUGGACGUCGCCGACUGGGACAAGACGAGAGAAGUCGUCGAAUCUUUGGGUCAGUUUGACGCUCUCGUCAAUAAUGCUGCAAUUGCCGUGUGCCAGCCCUUCCUCGAGUGUACUCCAGAAGUUUUUGAAUCGACUAUGAAUGUUAACCUUAAGUCAAUUAUUAACAUCAGUCAAGUUGUGGCGAAGAAAAUGAUCGAGAAUAAAACCAAGGGAUCAAUCGUUAAUAUCUCUUCGCAAGCCUCAAAGGCUGCCCUCAAAGACCAUACAAUCUACAGCGCGUCCAAGGCUGGUUUGGACGCUGUGACGCGUGCGAUGGCACUGGAACUAGGCCCAUACGGAAUACGGGUGAACGCGGUAAAUCCGACUGUCAUCAUGACCGCCAUGGCCCGCGUAGGCUGGUCGGAACCAGAGAAAGCUAGCGAGAUGUUAUCGAAAAUACCGCUGGGAAGAUUUGGUGAAGUUUCGGAGGUGGCCGAUGCAGUCCUUUACCUCCUCAGUGACAAGGCGAGUAUGAUCAACGGAGUGGAGCUGCCAAUCGACGGUGGAUUUCUUGCCACA